GUGGGCUUCUUCUUCACCUUAUCUCCUCUCUCUCUCUCUCUCGCUCUCUCUCUCUCUCUAAAAUGAGCUCCAUGAAAUCUCCACAAUCACUAUAAAGAAGCAUCGCCAUUUUUGCUCGACAAGCGGAGCACGAAGCGAAAAUGCCGCCAUUGGCCACUCUCCCCUGUGCUUCCUCUUCCUCUCUCUACCCCUACUCAAUCACCUCGUCCUUCCCUUCUUCUUCUUCUUCUUCUUCUUCUAACAGAGCAACAGCGUCGACGGCUUCCCUCGCUUUCGGUUUCAGAGCUAAACCCACGAUACCCACCAAGACCCUCGGACGACCCGGCAUCAUGACCCUCAAUUCCCCGAUCCGCUGCGCCGUGUCGAUCGAGAAGGAGACCCCCGAGACGGAGCGGCCCGAGACGUUCCUCCGCGAGGUGGAUGGCGGCCGGAACGGCGCGGCCUCGUCGCCGUCGGAGUCCUCGGUGAGGGCGAGGUUCGAGAGGAUGAUAAGGGAGGCACAGGACCGGGUGUGCGAGGCGAUUGAGGCCGUGGACGGGGGAGGGAAGUUCAAGGAGGACGUGUGGUCGAGGCCCGGCGGCGGUGGCGGGAUCAGCAGGGUGCUGCAGGACGGCGCCGUCUGGGAGAAGGCGGGAGUGAACGUCUCGGUGGUGUACGGGGUGAUGCCUCCCGAGGCUUAUAGGGCUGCAAAAGGUGCUGCUUUCGAUCCGAAGCCCGGUCCCGUUCCCUUUUUUGCCGCUGGCAUCAGCUCGGUCUUACAUCCACAGAAUCCUUUUGCUCCAACAUUGCACUUCAACUAUAGAUAUUUUGAGACUGAUGCUCCUAAAGAUGCACCUGGAGCUCCAAGGCAAUGGUGGUUUGGUGGUGGAACUGAUUUUACUCCUUCUUACAUCUUCGAGGAGGAUGUCAAGCACUUUCAUUCGGUUCAAAAGAAUGCUUGUGACAAAUUUGAUCCUUCCUUCUAUCCUCGAUUCAAGAAAUGGUGUGAUGAUUAUUUCUACAUCAAGCACCGAGGUGAAAGGAGAGGACUUGGGGGAAUAUUUUUUGAUGAUCUCAAUGACUACGAUCAGGAGAUGCUUCUUGCGUUUGCAACUGAAUGUGCCAAUUGUGUGAUCCCCGCUUAUAUACCAAUCAUAGAAAAGAGGAAAGAUAUGCCGUUUACAGAGAAGCACAAGGCAUGGCAACAGCUGCGUAGAGGACGCUAUGUGGAAUUCAACUUGGUUUAUGAUCGGGGCACAACAUUUGGACUGAAGACAGGAGGGCGAAUUGAGAGUAUCCUUGUUUCUCUUCCAUUAACUGCUCGGUGGGAAUAUGACCAUAAACCAGAGGAAGGAAGUGAGGAGUGGAAGCUACUAGAUGCUUGCAUAAAUCCAAAAGAAUGGCUCUAGUAAUUCCUGGAGAAGUUCGCAGCGCAUUAUUUUGCAGUGUGUAGUUCAUUGUCGUUUCUUCUUGCUCGUCAGGUUUGUUUUGCUUGAUGGCUGAGUUGGUAGGCGCGCGCCAGA